AUGUCCGUUCCUCUGUCAUUCCUCGGCAAACUUUCGGACCCUGCUCAGGGUAUGUCCCUCGGGGACCAGCUCGCGCAAGAGGUCACCGACUCCGAACGUAUCACAACGCUCCUCGACUGCCUCGCGUCUACCGAGGCCCCCGUACUCUGGUCUACCGACUCGACACGUUCGCCGCUGUCGCAUGCAGCACUUCGCCGCUUCGUCUGUGGCUUUGCGCUGCCGACGUCCGGAUUCCAUGGCCUCCUUGGCCCCAACGACCGCGUUAUGGUCGUUCUUCCUACAAGUCCCGAGAACGCCGUCGCCCUACUCGCCGUCUCCGCCUACCAUACCUGCGCCCCCGUCAACUCCAGCUGCACCUCUGCAGAGAUCGCCGAAGACGCAGCACGCCUACGUGUUAAGGCAGUCUUUACGACCACCGAAGCGACGGACAGGCUUGAGCUCAGGAAGUUGAGGGAGGAGCUGAAGUGCGAGGUCAUUUUCAUGCACGCGCGCGAGGAUGGCCCCGCAGGCCUGUUCGACAUGACGAUCAUGAAGGAUGGCGACGAUUCGGACGACCGCCUUUCGGUAUACAAACCGCGUCCAAACGGGCUAUCCGACUUCUCGCUUAUUUUACACACCUCUGGGACGAGUGGCAAGAAAAAGGUUGUUCCGUACACACUUCGUUCCCUCAUCGUCGGCACUUGCGCCGUCAUCCAGUCAUGGAACUUGAGGGACGAUGAUGUUAACAUGAACAUGAUGCCGCUGUUCCACGUCGGUGGUAUCAUCCGCAACUUGUGGGCGCCCGUGUUCUCCGGCGGCAGCGCCAUCAUGUGUCCAGGCUUUGAUAGCACUGCCUUCUGGCCGAUCGCAAUGGCCUGUGGAGCGACAUGGUAUUAUGCUGCGCCGACAAUGCAUCACGCUAUCUUGGGAUCGAUGCCCGAGACGGUAGUCCCCUCGAGGGAUGUCCGUAUUCGGAUGGUGGCGAACGCAGCCGGCGGCCUUCUACCCACUCUGGCUCAGCAGGUGAAGGACACCUUCGGCUCUAUCGUACUUCCCUCAUACGGCAUGACGGAGUGUAUGCCUAUUGCUUCGCCCCCGACGACAUAUCAACUCGACCGCCCGGGUUGUUCCGGCAUCGCUUGCGGUCCCCACAUGUCUAUCCGCGACCCUUUCAACUUGGAGCGCGAGAUGCCUCGGGGAUCUACCGGCGCUGUCUGUGUUCGCGGCAUUCCAACGUUCGAGGGAUAUGAGACCGAGCCCGGCGCUCCUCUCGACACUUCGGCGUUCUCGUCUGAAGGGUGGUUCGACGGUGGAGACGUCGGCUACAUGGACCAAGACGGCUACCUGUUCGUCACUGGUCGGUCAAAGGAGAUCAUCAACAAGGGUGGCGAGGUCAUCUCGCCCUUCGAGAUCGAGGAGGCCAUCACGUCUCUCGCCUCGGGGCGGGUGAAGGCCACGAUCGCGUUCUCCAUUCCUCACGAUGUCCUCCAGGAAACCAUCGGCGUUGUCAUCGUUCCCCAGCCGGAUGCGCCUCGCAUCGGUCUCGGCGAGCUCAUCGACUUGUUGCAAGUGCAACUCCACCCCUCCAAAUGGCCGUUUGCGAUCGUGUACAUGCCCGACUUGCCGAAGAACGCCGCGGGCAAGCCACUACGCAUCAAGCUCGCCGAGCGUCUUGGCAUCGAGGAGAUGUCUGACGAGACGCCUGCCGUCGUUCGUCACUUCGAGACUCAGACUGUCCCCGACAAGAACGCACCUUUGUCGACGCCCAUCCCUUGCUCGCUUGUCUCUUUCGACGUUUCCACAGUCGAGGAUGCCAUUGCCAGCUUCCAGGGCGUCCGGGAAGUCGCUGUCCGCCUGCAGAAAGACGGUACCCCCGAAGCGCUCGUUGCGAUCAACCCCGCUUCAGGCCUCGAUUCCGUCUCCAUUGUCGACGCGCUGCUGAAGAUUGUCCCCGGUUACUCCGUGCCCAAUCCUCUCUAUGUCUUCUCUGAGCUCCUCGCGAGGAAGCAGGACAAGACAGUCGACUGGGGCGUUAUGGAAGCCGAGAUGGCACGUCGCAACGCACGCGGCCUGUCUUCUCAGGCACUCGUCAUCCGUAAGAUCGUCGCGGAGCUUCUGGACAAGGACCCUGCGUCCAUCUCGGGCGACAGCGAUUUCUUCCUCUUAGGCGGCAAUUCGCUGCUCUUGGGCCGUCUUGCGCACAUGAUCCGCAAGGAGACGGGAGUAACUGUGCGCGUCCCCUCCAUCUUCACGCACAGUACCAUCAGCGGAAUCGCUUCUUUGAUCGAGGACGAGGACGUCAACCAAGCACGCCCCGAUAUCGAGAAAAUCGCCAUCAACAGCUCGGAUGACGACGACGAUGCCGAGUCUGUCAUGGACAAGCCGGGGCACAGCACGCUCGACCUCCCUUCCCUUGAAAGUCAGAAGCCCGUUUCGGACAGUACGCGCAGCCAGACUCACGUACUGUCGCUUUGCGUACAAGCAACGUCGCUGCUCUUCUAUCCUCUCAAGGUCGCAUUCACUUGGACCGGCAUUGUCAUGAUCCUCUCGCUUUCCACAGUUUACAUCGAUGGCAGCUACUGGGAGCGCAUCGGAUCCCUGUUGGCAGCUAUCAUCGGAGCUCGCCUUCUUGCGAGGAUUGUCCUUCCCAUCGUUGGCAUUGCCGUCAAAUGGAUCAUCAUCGGCCGCUACAAGCCGGGGACGUACCGCUUCUGGAGCAACUAUCACCUUCGCUGGUGGAUCACCAACCAGGCUCUUCGUAUCUUCGGCCGCGGUAUCUUCUCUGGGCACCCCUACCUCGAGGUGUUGUAUCUCCGCCUGCUUGGAGCACGCGUCAGCUGGAACGUCGUCAUCGACUCGAACGCGACGCUUGGCGAAUACGACCUUCUGACCUUCCACGACGGCUGUCGCAUCGACAAUGCGCUCGUGCGCGGUUUUUGCAUCGAGCGUGAUGGAUUUUUCCGCCUUGAGCCUAUCGUCAUUGGCCGUGGUGCCGUCGUGAACACUUACACGCAGAUUGCUCCCGGCGCGACUGUCCCCGACGGCGCGGUCUAUGGCCCACACGCUUCUUCUUACGACGCGCCCUCUCCCCCAAGCCACGCUCAAUACGGUCGGUCGGCUGUGCCAUCCCCGCACUGGGCACCCAGGAUAUUCUUCGCAUAUCCUGUCAUUAUCAUCGUCAAGAUUGUCUCAUAUGCCCCCUGGUUCGCUGCCCUCUACCUCCUCGUUUCUCAACCUGGCCCAAAAGGCGAUCUCAACUCGGCCGAGCGUGUUAUCGUUUGGUUCUCGUUACCGAGACGGGUCGCGUGGCAUGCUUUUGCCCGUAUCAUCCGAGUGAUCCUUCCGCCAAUUCUCCAGCUCGUCAUCGGUAUUAUCGUCAAGCGCAUUAUGGGUCUCAACAGCGAGGGCCGUGCUGCGGACGCUUCGCAAUGGGUUCUCACCCGCCGUUUCAUCAACCAGCACCUCCUCAACCAAUAUGCCAUGAAGCGUGCGUUCGAUAUCAUCGGUUCGCACUACGAGACGACUUCAAUCAUAUGGCGCUGCAUGGGCGCGAAAAUCGGCAAGCGCGUGUACUGGCCCGGGUCGGGGGUUUACUGCCCAGACCCAGAGCUCCUCGAGGUUGGCGACGACGUCGUAUUCGGGUCCCGAUCUGAAGCGUUCACUACGGACGCCCAUGGCUCGGGCAAGAUCAUCGUCAAGUCAGGCGCUAUGAUUGCUGACCGCGUCGUCCUCCUUCCUGGGGUGUCCGUGGGUAAACGCGCCAUUAUGGGCUCCGGCGCACUCGCAAAGAGAGACAUGACCUACGCGGACGGCUCCGUUUGGAUGGGUUCAGAGGGCGGGGAAGCUGUCUGCUUCAAGAGCGGAAGCAAGGAGGCGACCGACGACGAGAGCCCGACGAUUACGCCCUUCGGUCGCGCUUUCUACAAGCGCGAGGCGACCUACUUCGUAUUCCCGUACCCCCUCCUGGUCAGCAUCAACACCCUUAUCGCCAUCCUCGGCGCAGGAUACUGGUCGAUCGCCGCCGUCGUCGGCACCCAGGUCCUCAACCAACUUCGUAUACAUCUUUCUCGGCUAGACCUCUUCCGCUCGGGCCCUCAGCAAACUUUUGUCAUAUUUGGCCUGAUAGCAUGCUGGUUUAUCUUGACCCUUGUCCUCCAGGCGAUCGUUGUCAUCCUCUGGGUCGUCGUCAUGAAGUGGAUCGUCAUCGGUCGCCGGGCUCCCGGCAGCUACGACUGGGACAAGAGUUCGUACUGCCAGCGCUGGCAACUCCAUCUCGUCCUCGCGAAGCCUCUAUACCGAGGGUACGGUAAUGGCGCUGUCCUUGGUGCCAUCAGCGGAUCUGCAUACAUCGUCUGGUUCUAUCGCGCCAUGGGUGCGAAGAUUGGCAAGAACGUCUCCGUUUUCGCGGGGGGCCGAACGGGCUUGAUGACCGAGCCUGACCUUGUCGACUUGGGUGACAAUGUCGCGCUCGAUAAUUGCUCAGUUGUCGCUCACAUCAACUCGCGCGGGAACUUCGCUUUGAACGCGCUGAAAAUUGGCCCUGGCUGUGCGUUGCGCUCGGGUUCUCGCUUGCUUUCGGGCGCAUCCAUGGAGCCAUGCUCCAUGCUUCUCGAACACACACUGUUGACUUCGGGCGAGAUCGCUGAGGCGGACGGCGUGUACGCCGGAUGGCCUGCGCAGUACAUGGACGAGAAGGAGUACCUCCGCAGUAAGGCACGCUCCAUGGUUCUGUCUAUGUUCCACACGGAUCCAUCCUACCGGGCACUUCAGCGCACGCAAGAUAACUUGGAGGACGAGCGGCGCAGGUUGGAUAAGAAGCUCGAGCACCACCAGCGUGAGCUGCAGUUGACGAGGAGGCGCAUAGAGCUGAAGUUGUUGCACACUUCGACUAUGCGUAACUCGAAGCUUAUGUAGUGGUCUUUCGCUGAGUUUCGGUACCGAACAUUUCUGUUGUCAGUUGUCUACAUUUCUGUUGUUGCAUUGUCAUACCCAAUUUUUAAUUACCAAUAGAUUAUUGCUCAGUCGACUGUAUAUGCCACUGUUCUUAUAGUAUCGUUUCUUUCAUGUCACUAUCGGGUCUAUCAUGUAUCAGUGUGCAGGCAAUGCUC